UCCCGCCGCUUGACCAACUCGACUGCACUCUCUCUCUCUCUCUCUCUCUCUCUCUCUCUCUACCUUGUUUAUACAUUAUACGCCCCACAAUCCUCUUCACUUCGCUCUCUCUACGUUCUUUACUAUCUCCCAAUCCCAGAUUGUAUUGUUUUUCCGACCAUAGUCUCCAUGGAUCUCGGCAGAAAGGAAUCUCCAGUAUCUUUGCCUGGAAGGAGAAAAUGGAGGGAAAAGAAGAAAAGAAGGAAACGAGAAGAGGAGUCACAGGGGUUUUCACUGGCUAGUGGAAACCGACUUAAAGAGCAGAAUUGCAGAGAUCAACAAAAGAGAGGACGGAAUGUACUGCCCCUAACAGCAAUAACCACCACCACUUCUUAAGGUAUACCCACCUUCUAUUUUGCCCUAUCGUUCAACCUGUAAUUGCCACUUUUCACAAAAUUAAUCCCACCAAAAUAGGAAGACACAACAAAAUAGUCUACAGUCCCUAAAUAGCAGGAUCUACUCGAGCUAUCAGCCAAACAAUGGUUUCUGUUUCUAAAAAUACCAACCCACCUCUUGUUUUUGGAAACAAAACAAAGAAAACCAUCCAAUUGAUUGGUCUUCAUUUUUGUGGUGAAGUAGAAACUACUGGAAAUUUUCUUGCAAAACACUAUCUAUUUGGCCACUGGUGUAUAUUUUUCAGCCCUUUGGUUGUGCCCAAAAUUUUCUUGCAAACCAAAAUUUCAGUUUGCUUGUGCCCAAACACAGAUUUCUCCGUAUUGGUUUCGUUUGUUUUCAGCUGUCAAUUCUGAUUGUGACUGUGUGUUCAGGUUACUUUGAUUCCGUUGUGAUUUUCUUCUCUUGAAUAGUGAGAAGAGUGCUUGGGAAAGUAGAUCAUUGGGAGAAACAAAGAUGGGUCUUGAUGUAAAGGAAAUGCAAGUUUCUAUUCGGGAAUUUCUUGAACUUUCGCGUUCAUUUGUAAAGAAAUACCCGGUUGUUUCGGGUAUUCUGUUAUUCUUCUUCCUUCUAUACAUGUUUCUUCCUUCUGUCUUCACCUUUUUAGUGUUCUCAGUACCUGUUCUAUUGUUCGUCGUUGUGGCUAUUAGACUCAUACUCCGUUUUCAUCGACAAAAUUUAGAGAGCGCCAUAGGUGAGAAGAGGAAUGUUGGAAUUUCUGCUCGAAAACCAACUUCUGCUCAAGAUGAUCUCGUGGAAAAUGAAAGAGAAAAUUCUUCUAUACGACCUCAAUCGGUUAGACGAAGAAAUGCCAAAGAGAAAGACAAACGAGUCUUUGUGCGAGAGGGCGUGGAGGAAAAAGAUAUGGUCUUUUCAGCAAUUUCCGAUGAUGAUUUGAUUGAUAAAGCUGCAUUGAUAGAGGAAAACCCAAAAGAAAUACGAGAAGUGAAUGUGGCUUCUGUGAUUGAUCGUGCUGAGAGUUCAUCUGCUGCUUCUCAAAGGUUAAGGCACGAAUGUGGUGAUGCCUCCGGAGGAAGGACUAACAAAUUCGAUUAUGGUGGAAGUGAGUUAGAUGCAGAGAGUUCAGAUGAUGGAGAAGAUGAGGAUGAAGAAGAAGAGGCACAAGAGGAUGGGAAUAAGGCUGUAGAAUGGACAGAGGACGAUCAGAAAAACCUUAUGGAUCUUGGGUUUUCGGAGAUGGAAAGGAACAAACGGCUAGAAAGCCUAAUUGCUCGAAGAAAAGCUAGAAAAAUGUUAAGUAUGCAGGUCAGAAGGACACUGAUGAACACGGGAAGCACGGACCCUUGUGGACAAAUUGCUUCUGUUCUCAUACCAAGAUCUAACCCUUUUCCUACCAAUGUUUCCGGUGGGCCUCAGGUUUCGCCGACCCCUGGUUCAGCUCCUUCUGUUUUGUUACCAAUACACAACCCUUUUGACCUUCCUUAUGAGCCUCAAGAGGAAAAACCCAAUCUUUCUGGAGGAAGCUUUCAAGAAGAAUUCAUAGGCACUAGCCAGAAGGACCUGAUGUUCUGUAGGCAUGAAAGUUUCAGUUUGGGGGCUUUUUUCCCAGGGCCAGGGGAGUUUGAUCAAAGCCGACGUGGGACUUUUUAUUGUCCGAAUUUUGCUACCAGGCCAAUGGCUCCAGAGAUACCUGAAUAUUCCAGAUUCAAGAACCAAUCGGGUAAGGAACAUCCGAGUACUAAGCUAACCCAAACAGAAUCAUCUCUAGAAUGUAAGCCCAUGCUGCACGUUAACAGUUCUCAAGAUGAUGCUAUACAACAAGUCCGAGCCUCUGAAAGGGUAUGUAAUAUAGUCAACGUUCCUGACGAAGAGGAUAGAAAUGAGGUCCACAGGGUAUCAAACCUAGUCAGAGAUGAUGUCACUGGUGGUUCAAGCUCAUCUUCUUCAUCGGAAGUGAAUGUCCCAUUCUCAGCUGCUAACAAAGAAGAAAUUUUGAAGUCCCUCAGUUUUUCAGUUCCUAAGAACAUAGCUGUAGACGUAGAGUACAAUGGCCGAAGAAAUGGUCCUUUAUGCGAUGGCAGUCCAUCUUCAUUUAGGAACAAAAUACAGGAGGAACGCUUCUUUUUUCCAGAUAAGGUGGUCAGUCAUACCCCUACACAUUCCAUAGCUUCUGACAUGCAGGUGGAGGUGUCAGAGUUUGGUUCAACUGAGCUGUCAGUUGAUGGAACCAUCUCACCGUCUGAUGUAGGAUCUCUAUCUUAUGAAGCAGACUUGGACGGGGGAAAGGAAGUCAAUUCUGGAAGUGAGGAAACAUGGGUUGCCUCGUCUCAGCUAUCCAGAGUGGAAGAAAAUGAGUCUAGGUCAAGCGAAGUGCAUGAGGUUAGCGAGCAAGAUAUUAUUGAAGUUGGUUUUUCAGGAAUGAACCAGAAAACAGAGGAUACCAUUGCGUCGGAUAUGGUGCCCGAAAAAGUAGUUGAAGAAGAUUCCGUAGAUGCAAGUGUGUCUUUUCCAAAUAUUGAAUUAGCAGAGAGGAGUCAAUCUCAUAUGAUUAAUUUUGAUGGCGAUGUUCAUGAUGAGGUGCGACUUCCAAGCACUUCUUGUGCUUCAGAUGCAUUGUCAACUGAAAACUUGGCUUCAUUAACACUUGAAAAUGCUCUGCAAUCAAGCAAGAAAUCAGAGGCUCACCCAUCUUGUGAAAAAGUUUCUGGAGAAACGGAGGAGCGGUCUGAUUCCCCAAAGAUAUCUGCCCAGGAGUUGAAUACUGAUUGUGAUGCAAGUGAUGAAGUUGUCUUUGCAUAUGAUGACACCGAAAUCUUGGAAUUUAUCAAAAACACGUACGGUGAAGCCCCCGUAUUGAUCAAGCGAGAGACCACAGAGGGACCAUCAACUGUUACCAUGGAAAACGAUGAAAAACCCCUUGAGAUAAUUGAAGGAUAUUCUGGAGAUCCAGAACAUGAUUACUCAAAUCCUACUGAAUUUUUUGAAGGAGAAUAUGGACAGCAAAGUUCACUGACAUCAAAUUCCAUUGGGAAUGAGAAUAUCCAGGACAGAAGAGGUGAACCAGUUGUUAUAGAUGUUGGGUCUUCUGGGCCUAUCCAUAAUUCUAAUGAUACCAUUGCAUCAACAAUGCAGCCAGAAAUAGUGGCUGAGCAAGGCCCUUCUGAUUCAAGUUCGUCAUCAUCCUCCUCUUCUGUAACACAGGAAAAGUUUCCUAUUAGUGAAGUCUCUCAGUUGAAUUUUGAUCAAACAACACGAAUAAAGGUCCAGGAAAUUGCUUCAGAGGUGGUGGAUGACAAUUUUGCGGAUGGAUCGUUGCCUGAGAGCUCAGAUUUAGCUGCAUCUCUGAAUGCACUGCAUCUAAAAGAGCGUUUAGUAACAUGCCUGUCUGAUGAUAGAGAUCCUGAAAAACCCCAGCAGGGGGAGUAUCAGACCUUCUUGGAGUCUGAGUCACAUAAACCAGCAGAGGAAAGCGUUAGCAUGAAUUCUUCUGAAGACUUUGAAUCACUGCUUGAAAAGCUAGGUGAACAUAAGGACAUGGCUUCAACAUCAAGGCCAAUUGGGAAAAUGGACAGGGGGGAAUCAACUCAAGCUAGAGAAUGUGACGAAAGUGCACUUGAUAUCGGACAUUUUGGGUUUAGGCAGAUUUCUAAUGACACCACUCCGUUGACCAUGCUGCCAGAGUUGGUGGUUGAACAAGUUCCUACCGCUUCAAGUUCUUCGUCUCCUAAGUCUGACAUACAUAAAAUGGUGUCAGUGGAGCUAGUCUCCUCAUCGAGUAUUGAUCCAGAGAUGCACCUGAAGGUCCAAAAAUCUGAUGAGGAGAAUGCAGAAAUUAAUUUGUUGGAUAAACUGCUGCCAGAAAAUUUAGAUUCACCUGCCCCACAAAAUGCACAUCAUCUGUCAUCCGAUUCAACAGCUUACUCAUCUUUUGAUAAAGAUUUUGAAGAAAUUCAGGAACCAUCUAAUCCUCCUAUUAACGUUACCCAGGAGUUGAACUCCAUUCACAGUGUGAAGGUUCCAGAGGUCAUUGCAAACAAUGACAUGAGAAAUUUCAAAACCAUUGAUGAAAUAAAUAACGAAGCCCACAUAUUCGCCAGUGAAGGCAAUGCAGGGGUCCUAUCAAAUAUGUCCAACGAAAGCAUAUCAAAGCGUAUUGAUGUCGCGUUUAUUGAAGGACAGAAUGUCAUAGGAUACGAAGGAGAGAACGUAAAUGUGGCCGAAUGUGAAAACAUAGCAGGGACUUCAAUCCCAGUUGACAACAAUAGAACUCUGGAAACAAGUCAAGAGCAUGGACAAGAAAUUGUGGAAGUCGAAAUAUCCGAGGUUAGCCCGAGUACUGGACUCAUUGUGCCAGUCAUGCUAAUAGGUACUGCAGAAAGUGGACUCUCUCAGAUUCACCAAAGUUUUAUUAGCGAUACGAAUCCUCCAGAUUUGUUGCCAGAAGGGGUGGUUGAACAGGUUCCUGUGACCUCAAGUUCGUCAUCAUCUCCCAAUUCUGUGUUGCAGACUAAGUUCUCUAUCGAUCAAGGCUCCGCAUUGAGUUUGGAAUAUUUGGAUCAGGAGACACAGGUGGAGGCUCAACAAUCAGAAAUAGAGAUGGACGAAAAUGCUUUGAUAAAUGGACUUCGACCAGAAAAUUUAACCGCGGCUGUACCUCAGAACUCUUUGUAUUUGAUGGUAGAUUCAAGGGCUCACCUGUCUGAUAACAACUAUUCUGGAGGUUUGCAGGAACCAUCCAAUUCUCCCAGGAAGCCUGCCAAAGAAGACAGCUUCAAUUCUGUAAGCCAUUCAGAAAGUGAUGAGAAGGAAGAGAAACCGAACUCAACUUCCAUUGAAGAUGGUGAAGCUCAGCCCCAAUUAUUCAACCAGGACGCUCUAAUUGAUCCAACGGAACUGUCUGAUGUAACCUCUGUUGAAUGCCCGGGAGGUGUACUCAAACAAAUGUCUGAAAAUGGUGUUGUUAUUGGCAUGUCAAAACCAAUCAGACAAAAUGAGAAUUCAGGAACCGCUGAAAGAACUGAAGAGUUCGGAGAAGCGAUGAAAUCCAAGAACGAUAGAGACUCAUCAAAGCUAACUGUCAAUAAUGAUAACUUAGAAGCCACUGAAGUUGAAGGCAAAGACACAAAUGCUAAUGUUGUUGGCCUAUCAAAACCAGUAGAGGAUGAUGAUGAUUCAAGUAUUUCUGAAGAAAGAGAGGUAAUGUCUGAAAAUGGUGUUGUUAUUGGCACGUCAAAACCAAUCAGACAAAAUGAGAAUUCAGGAACCGCUGAAAGAACUGAAGAGUUCGGAGAAGCAAUGAAAUCCAAGAACGAUAGAGACUCAUCAAAGCUAACUGUCAAUAAUGAUAACUUAGAAGCCACUGAAGUUGUUGAAGGCAAAGACACAAAUGCUAAUGUUGUUGGCCUAUCAAAACCAGUAGAGGAUGGUGAUGAUUCAAGUAUUUCUGAAGAAAGAGAGGAACCAACUAAGGUUGAUCCUGGAAAGAGGUCCUUUGAGGAAGCCAACAUUAUUUCCAAAGAGAAUGAGUUGGUAGCCAACGUCAUGGUGGCUGAGGAGGACUUGAGAUCUAGUGUUGGUGAAACUGAAGGUGAAUCCCUAAGAGCGAUGAGGUCAGAGGAUGUUGCUCAACAACCAAAAAAUGUUGAGGUAGCUGAUUCAAGUACUACGGAGAGUGAUGAAGGCAAAUCCGAUAAACAGACAGAACCUGAAGCUAUGGUAGGCUUUUCGCAACCAGCCGCGAAGAAGGAUAAUUUAGACGACACCAAAGAUACUGAGGAAAUCAGAAAUUUAGCUGAUAAUGAGGAUGUUCAAGGCCGGUCGAAGAGUGAUCUGAGCAAUGGUGGCUUGGACCAAUCCGGAUGUAGCAAAGGUGAAACCAAAGAAGUGAUUAGACACGAUAUUUAGCUAAUAUAUGGAAAUGAUGGCAACACAGAGGCAGAAAACAGCUAGACAGAGCUGGCGUGAUGCGUUUGGUUGCUGGUAGUCUUUAAACUAUUUGAGAAUAUGAAGUUGGCUCUGCUCUUUUGGUGCUAAUUGAAAAGGUUGAUUGGUAGAGAAAUCAGAUGAGGCUUAACCUUUCUACGCAAAUUCAGUAGGUAGAGUUGGAAUUAGAUGUCCUCAGUCAUUUUUCUGCAGUCUGCACUUUUUGCUUCUGGAAAUGCUCUUGAAUGGUUUUGUGAGUGUCUUUUCCUUUUUCUUCUCGGUUUGGUUUGGUUUGGUUUGGUUUGGAUAUCGGUGUGAAAUGUGACUCCUAUUUAUUUUCAAAUUUACAAGCAAGAGAUGAGAUAUGUGACACAGGAAAGUAUUUCCCAGAUGAAAUGCAGGAAGCUACUUUUCCGCUUUAUCUUGAA